UCACACUUGGCUCACACUUGGCUUUCGUGUGAACCACGAGCCAUACUCCCGUCUUGGAAAGUGCACCUGCGAUCGUGACCCGAUCCAGGCUUUGAUGCCUGGCGAGACCGGACUUCUUCAAACCCUCCGCGACCAUAUUCUCGCCACGCUAGGUCUCCUCGGGCAAACCGCCCACGCCCAGGGGUAUCAGUCUCUCGACGCCAACGCCGACAUCAUGGUCGUCGAAACGUCCUCCCCGGCCAAUGAGGCCGCCUUUACCAAGCCGGGCACGGAGGAUGACAACUAUGGCACCACCACGUUCGUCUCGUCGUCCUCCUCAGAUGCCGAAGCCGCCGCGGUCGCCGCGGGUCUCUCAGAGCUCGAGUCGCGCAACGUGCACUGGUACUCGUACUUCCUGACGAUCGACUUCUGGCUCAUCAUCGCGCUCGGCCAGAUCCUGUCGCUCUGCAUCACGGCGACCAACACCUUUACCAGCUUCCUGGCCGGCGUCCACACCAACAUCCCGGCCUUCCAGACCCUCUUCAACUAUGCCCUCCUGACCCUGAUCUGGCUGCCAAUCACGCUGCGCCAGCACGGCCCCCGCAAGUGGGCCUCGAUCGUGCUGCGCGACGGCUGGAAGUACUUCAUCCUGUCCUUCCUCGACGUCGAGGGCAACUACUUCACCGUGCUGGCCUACAAGUACACCAACAUCCUGUCGGCCCAGCUCAUCAACUUCUGGUCCAUCGUCUGCGUCGUCACCCUGUCCUUCUUCCUGCUCCGCGUCCGCUACCGCUGGCUCCAGAUCGCCGGCAUCCUCAUUUGCUGCGGCGGCAUGGGCCUCCUGCUCGCCAGCGACCACAUCACCGGCUCCAACGGCGGGCCGGCCAGCGACAUGCUCAAGGGUGAUCUGUUCGCCCUGCUCGGCGCCUCCCUGUACGGCAUCAGCAAUGUCUUCGAGGAGUGGUUCGUCAGCAAGCGGCCCGUCUACGAGGUCCUCUCGUUCCUCGGCAUCUUUGGCGCCUGCAUCAACGGCGUCCAGGCCGCCAUCUUUGACCGCUCCUCCUUCGACGGCGCCACCUGGAACGGCAAGGUCGCCGGCUGGCUGGUCGGCUACACGCUCUGCCUCUUCCUCUUCUACUCGAUCGCCCCGCUGAUCCUGCGCAUGGGCAGCGCCGCCGUCUUCGACGUCAACCUGCUGACGGCCAACUUCUGGAGCGUCAUCAUCGGCACGCGGGUCUUUGGCUACGUCGUGCACUGGAUGUACCCGAUCGCCUUCGUCCUCAUCAUCUGCGGGCUUGUCAUCUACUUCCUGGCCGGCAGCAUCCUGGGCGACUCCAAGAAGCCCUGGCUCGGCGACAACCAGAAGGACGGCGUUGCUGGCAUCGGGACGGCCAAGCUGAAGGCGCUGAACGCGGCCCGAAAGAAGGGGCUCGCCGGCCGGGCGGACGGCCAGGCAUAAAGAGGUUCCUUGUUCGGAUGAGUGUGAAAUGUGGCAGCAGGAUAUUGGAAGGAAGAGAGGGGGAGGGUGUGAAGAGGUAGGACCUGACAGGUCAUGGAUGAUUGGAAACUAUUGUUGUUCUGAAGGUUGGUUAGGGACCGGAGGGUGGAAGGGCCUGGGUUCUUCACCAGGGACUGAGCCUUUUUUUGUUCCGUUUCUUGGAUAUUGUCUCUAGGAUCCAUUCCCCUCCCUUUUUUAUCGUCAUCCGAGGCGAUGUAGUUGCCCGAAACCGCAGGGUUAGGGUACAAAGCCAAUUCCAUGCAUCCUGAUCCUGCAACUCGCCAGAUGUUGCUGCCUAUGCCUCUUCC